AAGAAGUGGUGGCCAUCCUGGGACCAGAGAACGCACUUCAAUUGCUUGCAAACAUGUACGGCAAGUGCACCGGUGACAGAACGGAUCCAGCAGAAACUUUCAAGCUCAGGCAAUCCACCACCUCAAAGUGUACAGAAAUAUGUCAGGCAUCAGUGCUCAAAAUGGAACCUUGUUUGGGUUGGCAAAGACAAAGCUGCUCCAUUGGAACCUCAUGAGAUGGAGUAUCUUCUUGGUUUCCCAAAGGACCACACAAGAGGCUUCGGCAAGACACAGAGAUACAAGUCUCUCGGCAACUCAUUCCAAGUCGACACGGUCGCUUACCACUUGUCAGUGCUGAGGGACAUGUUUCCCAAUGGUAUUACUGUGCUGUCCUUGUUCACCAGUAUCGGAGGAGGAGAGGUUGCCUUGCACAAGCUUGGGAUCCACAUGAGGGCAGUAGUUUCUAUUGAGAUAUGCAAAGCUAAUAGGAAGAUUUUGAGGAGUUGGUGGGAUCAGACCCAGACAGGAACAUUGAUUGAGAUUGAUGAUGUGAAAUCCCUCAAGGAUGAUGAAAUUGCAUCAUAUGUUCAUAGAUUUGGCGGCUUCGACUUGGUGAUUGGGGGCAGCCCAUGUAACAAUCUUGCCGGAAGCAACCGACACCAUCGUGAUGGCUUGGAGGGCGAGCACUCAUCUUUGUUCUAUGACUACUUUAGGAUCUUGAAUUCCGUCAAGUCGGCUAUGGCGAACAUGUAGCCUAAUCGCUGUAGUACCUAUGCUAUCGUUUAAUGCUUAUAUCUAGGAACUGUAACCGAUUUGUGUUUAAACAUUGAGUUGAUGUGGAGGAUGUUUAUUGGGGAGAAAGAUCACAUUAACAUUUAGCUGCAUGAUCUAUUGUUGCUAACUAAUUUAUGGCCUGUUCAUCUUUAUUUGGAAAA